AUGCCGGAUGACGGAAGUGGAAAUAAGCCCAAUCGGCUGCUUAAACUGAUGUCAGUGUACUUUAAAGAAGCAUCCAUGGACUCUCCAUCUUUUAGAGCCAGCGCAAACUUCUAUCAAGUACAGAUUGAGUCAUUCGAGAGCUGGAUUGAAAAUGUAUCAAGGUUUUACAAGCUCAAGUUUUUGCCUUCAUUGGAUGACUUUAAGCAGCUCAGUGACACAUUUUUCGCACAGUCUCUGCCGCCAGCAGAUUACCUGCACAAUGGCGUCGUGGAAAAUCAAGUUUACACGCCUGCCAUCCUGGGUGCCUUCCACAGUGAUCUCUGCAACCUUUCGGGACGACUUUUACUGCUACUGAGAGGUGAUCCUGAAUCAUUUUUGGCAAGCCUGGUAAAGAUAGUGACGGAGAUCAUAGAGCCCUAUAAAGAAAAAAGAAGGAAUUUCGAUUUCUAUCAGUCAAAACAUGACACCCUUCUGGCAAAAUAUCAAAGCACAAAGGUCAAUGGCCCUAACGUUGAGCCUUCCAGUAUGCGUGAAGAUGCAUUUCAGCUGUUUGAAGUGCGCAAAAGCUACCUAGGUGCCUGCCUUGAUCUUGCAUGGGAAAUUGCUGAAACUCAAGAAUCCUUAGACAAGACCAUGAACGAGGUCGUAACUACUUUACUAAGACGGGGAUCGUUGAAAAAUGCGAUUAUGAGCUCACAAGACGGCGAAGACUUGGUGGAAAUGUUUUCAAAGCACCGGAAAUGGCAUGAAGAAAUGAAGAAAAACAAUUCUUCCUUAGCAGAAGAUAUGAAGAGAGCCAAGGAACAGGUUCAGGCUUUCACCAUAAAGCAACUCCAGCCAUCUAGAGAGAUUAAUGAUUACAACAUUAGGAGCAUCAAUCAAGCCACUUUGAAGCUGGGGCCGGAGUCAGGGGCUCAGUUGCCUCGGGAAAGAUCCGGAUGGCUAUUCAUGAAAACAACAGUCGGCAAACCAGCACGAACCGCAUGGGUGAGGAGAUGGUGCUUUGUAAAAGACUCCGUUUUUGGUAUCUUUUUGUUAUCACCGGCUCUCACAGCGGUUGAGGAAACUGAUAAAUUUGGUGUUCUUCUGAUGAAUGUUCGUUAUGACCCCAACGAAGAGCGAAAGUUUUGCUUUGAAGCACAGAUAGCAGGCGCUGAGCCAGGAACAGGUGCUAGAAACAAUACCGCGGAGCGCAUGUCUCUUUCUUUCCAAGCGGAAACCUUGGCGGAUCUAAGGUCUUGGCUCAGCGUGUUCGAGGAAGCCAAAAAGCACGUUCUUCUACUUGAUAAAGGCGAUCCAGAAUACGAGCUCUCGUUCUCCAGAAUUCCGCCAAUUUUCUACGAAUUUGCAUGCAGUUCAGCAAGCCAGACUGAUCAACAACUAACCUCAUUUGAUCCUGAUGGACACUAUGGAAAAUCAAUUUUACAGUUGAUGCAAGCGGCUUUUUCAGAAACCGGUAGUAUAAUAUUUCCAGAAGAUUCUGCAUUUCAGACACCGUUGCUGAAAACUCCGAUUAUCACAAAGCUCACAAAGCUCAGUAUCAUUUCAAGUUUCUUUCUCGUCAAUGAUGGAGUGCCAAACGCUAUCAUGGCAAACUACUGGGGAAGUGUCAAUUGGAGUGGUUUUUGUUACAACGUGAAACCAGGUAAGCCAUCUCACCAUGAGUUCAAGUCUGGUACAAGAAUUCUUUGCCCUGUCAAAGACACAACGUCGCCAAUAUGGAGUCCUAUCACAUACCCCGAGUUUUAUUCAAAGGACAUGCGAAAUAAAGAUCUUCAAUUUAAGAGUUUAUUCUUUUCCACUGCUGCUCAAAGAAACGAGGAAAAGUUCAAUGAACUUCUCCUUUUAUCUUUUUCCUGUUCGUGGUCUCCGAACACAAAGCAGGGAUUUUCAGGAAUGUGUUACGUGACAAUGAGGAACACUUAUUUCUAUAUGAACUCUAUGGGAUUUAUAUGCCUCUUGAACAGAAAUCUUGAGGAUUUAGUGGCUGUCGAAGAGACGAAAAGGUCAGACGAUAGUAGUGGUGCUGUCUUGAAACUAUAUGAUGUAAACGAGCUUACUGUAUCUUGCACGGUUUACUUUGAUGAUCCUGAACUAAUUGCGACCAAAAUUCGAGCUUUGAUUCAAAACGGGGCAACCGAGGAUGCUAAGGGCGAAGAGGAAAUUUUAGUACUUUUUUCGAGGAUAGAAAGGGAAUUCGAAUUACGGAAAGAACAGAGUGCCAAGAACGAUCAAAUAACGCUCACACAGUCGACAAAUCGUUUUGACACCCUUUUUAUGGGCGUGAAUGAAUCUUUUCAAGCUCUCAAAAACCGACAAGAGAGUUUUGGAGCCGAGUUCAGCGCCGCCUUUAAAACGGACUUCAAUAUUCCUCCUAAGGGUUUGAUGCAUGUUUUAUUUGGAAACAAAUCAAACGUCUUUCCGCGAGCCUACCUAUUAGCCCAUAAGACGGGAUCAGAUAAUACUGUAUCGAUGUGGCACACAAAGAAAAGAGGAGAUCUUACUGAGGCAGUAAGAAAAGUGCACUUUAAAAUUGACCCCACUCAAGGCUUUUUUUUUCCAGGUGAUGGUAGGGAGUCUGCGUUUUUGAACGUAAUUCAGUGCAUUAAAGUUGCCAAGGACAACGUGUACUACGAGAUUGAGCAAGAGACAGGAAAGCUCAAGCUUCCGCUUGCCAAGCCAUUCAAUGUGCGAUCUAAGAUCAUUGUGAUCACCAGAUCAGAUGCCAAGGCGACCAAAUUCAAUGCUAGCGAUAAAAAUGGUGGAUCCUCCUCGUUAUUCCUCUAUUAUGAGGUCAACUUCUAUAAUGAGGCAGGUGAUACUCGAACAAAGAGGCUCAAUACUUUCGAUAGGUGCGCAAAAAGUAUUUGUCUGCACUUUAUGCGUUAUGAAUCUAUCUCUUUGCGCAAUGCUGUACAGCAGUACUUCGAUAAGACUGGAAAGCAUGGCCGUGUUUUAAAGGCGGUGCGACUUUGCGGCCAACUAGCCCUCGUAAAUGACGUUGAACAAUUCAGUGGGUUCAGCGACAAUACGAUAAACAAGUAUUCGCGGACAUCAUUACUACGGUUUGCAAUGAAGUGCAUUUUAUUUUACACGGUAAACGCGAUUUUCGCCAUCACACGGAUGUUUUUUCAGCUUUUUUACAGGGUUAUAACUAACGUUGUUGCCUUGAAUAGACUACUGGUGCUGGGACUUCUUUUGUCGGUAGGGGCCAAUAUGUUUUUAGCAGGCAGGUCUUCAUGGUCAUAUUGGUCCGUCAAGCGCGCGGAAAACAUUUUCAUGAGCUAUUUUGACAAGGGUCGACAAGUUAUGCAGCGUGCUGUCUUUUUGGAAGACUUGGAUCUACUUUCUGGAGCGCUCGUUGGUGGGAACGGCGAGUGUUUUGAGAGAUUUAUGUCAUCCGAUCACGACGUGGAAAGCAAGUAUCGUGCUACGCGCCACGAGAUCGGUUUGAAGCGCAAUGAGCUCCUUGUGGAGCUCAAAAUUCUCAACGCCAUGGAGAAAGAGAUGGUACAUGGCGACUAUUUGUCGUUUUUGUCUCAAGAAAUCCAAAAUUGUAGGACAGUCGAGUUUGACAUGCCCGACAUGUGGACCAACGAUACAGAGCUUCAAAGUCACUGUAGAAGGUGCCAGCAAGAAUACAAAAGUGUUCAAGAUCUGCUAUGA